GGCCAGGCUGAACAGAAGUUUGUUCUGCGCUGUGUUUUUACGCAGGCGCAGAUCACACUGUUUGUCCAGUUUGGUUGGUUGACUUUUACCUGUGAGGUAGACUAGUUUCGGUUCGCCGGUGGGAAUAAGCAACAACGACCGAGGUCCGGUCCGGUUCAGAGGUGACGAGACUUGCCCCCCCUCCUUUCCCACUCCGGCCCCAUGUGACUCAGGGACUCCCACUGCGGAGCGUCGGACGGGAUUUCUCCGGGUUUUUAGAGUCGGUGCGCAACAGCGAGCAAAGCGGGAGGCAGGUGCACGGGAGAGGACAGGACAGGGGGAGGAGGAGGAGGAGGAGGAGGGUUGUUUGUAUUUCCGUGAGAGAGUCCUGUCGGUCGCACCGGGCCGAAUGAUUGGUGGUCAACUGGUUGGCGCCUCGGUGGUCGAUCUGUGUUAGUUUCAUUAGUAUGCGGCUGGAGUCUCCGCGCUGCCGCCGACAUCCAGCCUGAGGACUGAUCGGCAGCCCUGAAGUCUCCUCCGCGCCUGCUAAGUGACUCCUCUCCCCGGGGAGGACGAGGAGGAGGUGGAGGAGGAGGAGGAGGAGGCGACGGCAGCAGCAGAAGCAGGACCCCGGCUGCACCGACUGUUGUGUGGAACAGUUUUCACGGACGCAACACGGACCUCCUCGCCUCGUGGAUCAGGAAGAUGAUGGGCUUUCUGCGCCGGACGUUCAGUCGCCGUUCACGGAGCCGCAUCCAGUCGAGAGAGAGGGACGAACGGGACGGUAAAGGGGGAGGAGAAGGAGGGGGAGGAGGAGCAGCAGGAGGAGUGACCGGGAACCCCCUGCUCCUGCCCCAUCAGCAGCAGGUCGUACAUGCGCCCGCCGUGGUCACCGGGGGAGCGUCGGUUCACAUCCCGGCGGCCGGGACGGCGAGGACCACCAUCACCUGCCGCGUCCUGCUGCUCGACGGCUCGGAUGUCACUGUGGAUUUGCCUAGUAAGUCCAAAGGCCAGGACCUUUUUGAUCAGAUCAUGUAUCACAUAGAUCUGGUUGAGACAGACUACUUUGGGUUGCAGUACAUGGACACAGAGCAAGUCUCACACUGGCUGGACAUGUCCAAGAUUAUAAAGAAACAGAUCCGAGAUGGGCCCCCAUACAGACUGUUCUUCAGAGUGAAAUUUUACUCGUCGGAGCCAAAUAACCUGCGUGAGGAAUUCACAAGGUAUCUGUUUGUGCUGCAGCUUCGACAAGAUAUUCUGUCUGGCAAGUUGAAAUGUCCCUAUGACGUCUCAGUAGAGCUGGCAGCAUAUUGUUUACAAAGUGAGCUGGGAGACUGCGACCCCUUGGAGCACUCUCCUGAGCUGGUGUCGGAGUUUCGUUUCAGUCCCAAACAGAGCGAGGCCAUGGAGGCGGACAUAUUCGGCAGGUGGUUAGAUCUCAGGGGAAAGAGUCCGUCUCAAGCAGAGAUAUCUUUUCUCAACAAAUGCAAGUGGCUGGAGCUUUAUGGUGUAGAUAUGCACUUUGUCAAGGGCAGAGAUGGAGGAGAAUAUGCACUCGGUCUCACUCCUACUGGCAUCCUAGUGUUUGAGGGCUCCAACAAAAUUGGCCUCUUCUUUUGGCCAAAAAUCACUCGACUGGACUUUAAAAAGAGUCGACUCACUUUGGCCGUGGUGGAGGAUGAUGAUCAGGGUCGGGAGCAGGAGCACACGUUUGUGUUCCAGCUGGCCAGCUCCAAGAGCUGCAAACACCUGUGGAAGUGUGCCGUGGAGAGCCACGCCUUCUUUCGCCUACGUCAGCCGACCACGGGCAAGGCCAGCCGCAGCGACUUCACUCGACUCGGGUCCCGCUUCAGAUUCAGUGGUAAAACAGAAUAUCAGGCUACUCAUGGAGGCAGACUGAGGAGAGCCAGCACGUUUGAGAGGAGGCCGAGCAAGAGGUACCCCUCCCGCACGCAGUCGUUGGGCAAAGCUGCCAUUUCCCCAGCCAAGCCGCCACACAUCAGUGCUCACGCUAGCCCUGAUCCCAGCCUACAUCCAUAUCAGCACAACAUUCCCAUCGGUCACGAGCCGUGGCACCCAUCCCACCCGGCUCUCACACCCCCAGUUUACCUGCAGCCCUCCGGACACACACCGUCACACAGUUUCCCCCUCAGUGGUCCUGCCUCAGACCAUCAGUUCAGUGUUGAAGAGAACGAGACGUCUUAUUCUGGCAAGAUCCACCACCAUCACCGUCGCCACACCCACAGCCAGGAUACGCUCUGCCACACACACAUCAAGAACAAACGUCGAGCUCCUCCCUGCCCUGCAGAUGAGCUGGACAUUUCUCAAACUCUGCUCAAGGCCUUGGAGUCGGAAAGUGAUUCGCCCCCCUGGCCCUCGCUGCACGUCAACAUGGACAACAAGGGAGAGGAGAAGCAGCUGUCUGAAAAGUCUCUGCACCCUCCUGCCUCUCCAGCAAUGCUCCCCGACCACCUUAAAUGUAACAUCUUAAAGGCCCAGGUGGAGGCGGCUUUCCGGAAGGAAGCUCCAGCAACACCAAGGGGGAAGAACUCAAAUGAGACCCUCAAUGACAGGUAUCAGAGCUCGUCCCAGGACUCGGCUGCGUCUAGUCUAACAGCGGAAAAGAUGCCGCCUCGGCAAGACCGUGACCCCACACCGGAGAGGCUGCAGUCCAAAGCCAACACAAGCACCAGCCGAAGAAAACGACUGGUCAGGCAGUUCAGCUUUAACCAUGAAGAUGAAGAUAAUCUCCCAGAAGCACUUGCAGCCAUCUCCUCCCAGAGUACAGGAAAGUCAGGAUCUACCAGCUCAUUGGACAAACAGAUACAGCCCUCCAUAUACCCACAGGUGGAUAAUAUGCCAGCACUGGAGCUGGGUAGUCCAUGUUGUUCCUCUCCUUCGCCUUCUCCCCAUCUCUCCCCUUCAUACUACCGUAGCUCCAAUCCUCACCAGGUCCCUUACCUUGCUGCCCAUAACAACAGCGGAGAGGAAGUGAGGUUGGACAGAGAGAAGAUUCUCAGAGCACUGCUGAUGACGGAGCUCUGAGGCGUUGACCCUCGACCCCGGACUCAUCACUGGGCACAGCAGACCUUACAUUAAGUGAGGAAGGUGGAGGCAGAACACCCAAAGUCGUUGGCUGCAAUCAACAUUUGUAUAUUUGCAUAACACUUUCAGCAGCUAUAAAUAUAUAUUUGCAUAAAGGCAAUUGUUAUAUUUGCGUAACUGUUAUUUUAGAGGGAUGGUUGUUUGUAUUCAUGAAACUGAAAACUUUAACAAUACGUGAUACCGAAAUGGUCUCACCGACUCACACAUACAGACACCUAACAGACAAGCUACAGAUGUGACUGGUGCUGCCUGCAUGAUAAAUAUGUUACACAAUGAAAUAUUUAUCUGAUUUGCUUCGGGGUUAUGUUUAAGUUUUGUGUGAUUUCAUCAGCACUGUGUCCAUGUUGAUACCCAAACUGUGUUUCAGACUGCGACUGUUGAAGCUUUGGUUUGUACACUUUGAAAAAUAACAGGCUGAAGCGAAAGUCAGUUCACUUUCAAGUCAGUUUGUUCAAAAUGUAAAUAGACAUUGUGAUUAAUAUGCAGACACCAGAGCAGGCAUUGUAAAUGCUUAAUUCCUUAUUUCUGUCGGUCACAUAUCGGUUUUGACUUGCCAAAACAUUUGCAGCAUUUGAAGAUUUAAAAAAAUUUCUGAACAGAACGAAUUGAAAGUGAAUUCAGACUCGGUGCAGAUGUGGAGAGUGUUGUGACUGUGCUGCUGCAGUCUCAAUCUGCCCACUAGAAGGAGACAAAUCUGCAGUCACAGCUCCUGUGGCAGCUGAACUCACUGAUCUUGUGUUGUCAUGACGAACAAAUCAUGAAUCAUGUUGCUUUUUUUUUUUUUUUUUUUUUUUUAAUUUAGUUUGAGUUUUCAUCACAGGUGAAAUGCAGUACGGAUCUCAGAGGUCUUAUUCUUGGAAAUUAGCUAUUGUUUAAGCGUUACCAUGCCGCUUAAUGACUUUAUUUCAGCACUUGUUUUGUCACGACCACAUCUGAGGCAGUGUAUGACAUGUUGUCGUGUUGACUGUGUUGUUCCUGCCCUUGGUGGGAUCUUAAUAAAAGCCAAAUCAUCAGUU